AUGAUUGGACAAAGCUUCCCGGAGGAUCUUGAUUGUGGCAACUUCUUUGACAACAUGGACGACCUUCUUGAUUUCCCCGGUGGAGAUAUCGAUGUCGGUUUCGGCAUCGGUGACUCCGACUCUUUCCCUAACAUCUGGACUACUCAGCACGACACGUGGCCCGCCGCUUCUGAUCCUCUCUUCUCCUCCAACACCAACUCUGACUCUUCUCCUGAGCUCUAUGUUCCGUUUGAAGAUAUUGUCAAGGUGGAGAAGCCAACAAGCUUUGUAGAGGAAUCAUUGGUUGAGAAGAAAGAAGAUUCGUUUUCGACAUCUUCUUCUCAUAGCCAAUUCAGGAGCUCAAGUCCAGUGUCGGUGCUCGAAAGCAGCUCCUCAUCGUCACAAACGACCAACAACACAACCUCCCUCGUCCUCCCGGGGAAGCACGGCCGUCCACGCACAAAACGCCCUCGUCCUCCGGUCCAGGAGAAGGACAGAGUCAAAGAGAGUGUCUACGGAGCGGACUCGCGCCUCAUCAUUAGAAUACCAAAGCAGUUUCUCUCCGAGCACAACAAGAUGAUCACCAAGAAGAAGAAGAAGAAGGCCAAGAUUACUUCCUCCUCUUCUUCGUCAGGGUUUGAUCUUGAAGUGAGUGGAAACAACAACGUUGAUGAUUCCUACUCUUCAGAGCAGAAUCCGGUUAGGAAGUGUAUGCACUGUGAGGUGACAAAGACACCACAGUGGAGGCUUGGACCUAUGGGUCCAAAGACGCUUUGCAAUGCGUGUGGCGUACGUUACAAGUCUGGAAGGCUUUUCCCUGAGUACCGUCCAGCUGCUAGCCCAACGUUUACUCCAGCUCUUCACUCAAACUCACACAAGAAGGUGGCUGAGAUGAGAAGCAGGAUGUGUAGUGACGGGACAGAAGAGAAUGAUCUGCAAGAACUGAUUCCGAACAGUGCCUACAUUGGCGCAGACUAG